AUGAUAAGAGAUGAUUUGCAUACUGGAGCAACCGGAAGCUAUCAAAAUGCCUCUAAUUUGGGAAUGUACCACGUGACUGUCAACUUAACGACGACGAACAGCAACAAUGAUACGUUAAGGCUCUCUACCGGAAAGUCAAGCAACGCCUCAGCUCCUGUACUUUUUGGUUCGGAAGAAUGGUAUCGCCAACAGCAAGCACAGUUCUAUCAAUCUUACGAUCCUAGUGUCGGUUACAACACCGCAGCAGUUCUCGGUGGCAUGUUAGUACUACUAGUUAUAUAUGUAUUCUACCGGACUAAAGUUAGAAAGCAUUUAAUAAAUCUGGUCAGACACAUCAAGGCACAGUACAAACUAAAACACCAAGCCGAAUACGGUGCUCCGGAGUCUGCCGAACAAAUGACAUAUUCAUUCGGAAACGGACCUCCAACCUCAGACGGAAAUGACAACUGCGAUGGUAACAACGCCGCUCAAAGUGAGAUUAAAUCGAAAGGUUCCAACAUCCCGGUUCAGUUUCUCAGUUUUGACAGUGGUACGUUAUCCGAGCAUGCCAACACCGUCGGUGCUUGUAACAGGGAUGAGAUAUUGAGGAGAGUUCGGCCUACCAUAUCAUUUGACCGACAGCAUUCUGAGGAUGAAUCGAAACAACUUCCCGUUGUUGUCAUGGACAUGGAAAUAGCCACAGCUGACUGGGUACAAAAACAACAUCAAUUACAACAUCAGUUUCUUAGUCCGGGUGGAAUCAUUUUGAAAGUGAAAUCAGACACCAUAUGUCCACCCAACAACGAUAGCUACCCAUCCGCCCAAACGUUACAUCCUAAUGCUAAGUGUUGUGCUAACCGUCAGUGCUUAAAUGCCAGGCGACGACAAUACAGUUGUGGUGCCCGUUCACAUUAUUCUUUGGAUCUUAAUAAAAGCAUGCCGUUUUUGGAAGUUAGUGAUCCUACUUUGAAAGGGAUAGAGCCAUGUCUCCAUGGUAACCGUAGGAAAGUACAACUUAAAGCCACAAAAUUUCCAAGUGUUUCAUCGGAACCAAAAACUCCUCUAUUGAUUAAAUGUACAAAAUUUUCAAGUUUGUCAUCCGAACCAGUGCGGUCGGGGCGACCAUCAGAUCUCACGUCACAGCCUAGCCAAGACAGUGGACAACGCACGCCCAUAUGUCGCACCCCUCAACCGCAGACACCUGUACCACGCUCGCCCCUACCGCAACGACCACAUACAUUAGUGAAACAGCAUACAUUGACACUUCCGGUACAGCAGCACACUUUAACAGUGCCGUCACAAAAACUUAACCCGCCAUCACCUCAUCUCUUACGACCACCACCUCUACAGCACCGAUCCCUACAGGCACCGUGUCAUAAAAUGACGCCAUCAUCUCAAAAACACACUACCCCUCAACACAUUACGCCAAUUAUAAAGAUUCAGAAUUAUGAUAAAUCACAACGAAGAACGAACUCAGUGUCGAGAAACGAAAGUGUUGACCAUGAUUCGGUAAGCUCUAGUUCGUCAGAGGACGCCCAAAUCUACCGUAUACCGGCCGAACAGUGGCAGUCCCCUAGACCUCCUCGAAGGGGCAUACUCGUACGGGAAAACGCCGUGACGAGUCUAAGUGCCUGUCCUGUUUGUGAUAAGAUUCAAAGUUCCCGAUCUCCACGGAAACAAGUUAGCCUGGACACAGGUUUCCACCAACUUCGCCUCCCCUCUCCCACACCAGGGUCGAACUCGCAUCAUGUGUCCAACAUGGAGACUCCAUUAUAA